AUGUUCGCCGAUCUGGGAAGUGGAGAAUGCCAGUGGAUUGCUCCUGUUGGUGUCCCAGUUAAACCGUUUUCGAUGAAUCAGUGGUGGGAGCUAUUUGAUCAUGCAUCCGGGCGCUUUUACUACUACAACACUGUCAAGUCCAUGACUGUUUGGCAUCGUCCUAUAGAUGCGGAUAUAAUCCCUCUUGCUCGGUUCCAGCAAAAAGAAGAAGAAGAAAAGAUGAAAGCUCGUCUUCCUUCGAGCGCUGGACAUUCAAUGAGCUCGCGAGAAGAUUUGAUCGAAGCAAUUCAAGAAGAGACCAUUCCUCCCAAAUUUUCGACCUUUCAGCCAAAGUCCUUCUCCGGCCAUCAACACUCGCGAUCAAACGUCAUUGUUCCAAUUAGAGAAACAAACGCAAAAUUAAAGUUCAAGGAGCCGUUGCAUCAGCGCUCGCAGUCCUGCGUGCCAGAUGCGUCAAGAUGCAUUCAGCAAGAGAUGCCCGAGACUCGAGUGCCCGGGGUCGGAGCUGAGCGUCCCCGAACGCCGCCGACACUCUCCAGGAAAGCACAAUCGGCCUUUUCUACUCCCAUACUAGCCAGAGUUUUCAAAUAUUCUUGA